AAACUAAAAACAAAACUCUAAAACCCUACAAGAUUCAUUUGGGAACCUGAUUCCAAGCAAUCGAGCAAACAGAAAACGGCGAUGGGAAGGUCAGCUCUGAUUCACUUGAUCCGCUCCCAAUCUCGGCGCCUCUCUUCCUCCACCUUCAAUAAUACAACAGGAUAUCGUCGGUCCAUAGCAAGGACAUGGCCACCACCAUCAUCAGUUAUACCUAAGGUCAGAUUCCCCGAGGUUUCAUCCUUAAACCAGAGAAGCUUUGCAUCAUCAUCUGGAGGAGCAAAGACUAGAGAAGACAAUGAUGAUGAUGAUGAUGAGCACAAGAUCAGCAUCGGACCGCAAGAGAGGAAACAAGAGGACGGUGGAGGAGGUGUGGUUUACCACGGCCCAAUCUCAUCCACCAUAAAGAAAGUCAAACUCCUCUCCCUCUCCACCUGCUGCCUCUCCGUCUCCCUCGGCCCCGUCAUCACUUUCAUGACCUCCCCGGGCCUCAACGUGAUCAUGAAAGGCGCCGUCGCCUCCACCGUGAUCUUCCUCAGCGCUUCCACGACCGCCGCGUUGCACUGGUUCGUCAGCCCUUACGUCCACAGGCUGAGGUGGGUGCCUGGCUCGGACACGUUCGAGGUCGAGAUGAUGACUUGGCUCGCGACGUUUGCGCCCAAGACGCUGAAGUUUUCGGACGUGCGUUAUCCGGACACGCAGAGGCCGUUCGUGAGCUUCAAGGCGGAUGGGAAUUACUACUUUGUGGACGCGGAGCAUUGUCCUAACAAGGCGUUGUUGGCUAGGCUCACUCCUGCCAAGGAUGCACAUGACUCUGCUUUCAAGAACUUGUGAUCCAUUUUCCUUUUCUUUGAUAUCAUACUUUUGUUGGGCUUUGUAACUCUUUUUUGGAUCCUUGGACUACUCGAAAAUGGCAAAUAAUAAAAAGGAGUUUAAAAUGCUCAGUUUUUUUAUAUA